AUGGCGGAGGCUGAUGCGUCAUCCCUGUUGUCUCUUUCACGACUUGACAUCUCUGGAUCAAGGGACCAUCCCAUCUACCCUGACCCUGCCAGGUUGUCUCCCGCAGCACAUUAUGCACAGCGUAUGAUCCAGUAUCUGUCUCGACAUGACAGCAUUUGGCUACACUCUCUCCGUCACCCUGACCCCACUCCUCUAAUCCAGACAACCUCUGGCGCCGCCCCCAAUGCAGAGAACAACGCAGUUGACUUUGAAGAGUCGAGUGCUGUGUUAAGGGAUGGUCAAACUGCAGUAGCAAACCACAUCUCAAACACAACCUUUCGCUUGCUGUGGUGGGACUUGACUGAGAUCAUGCUGCCAGCAUUGCUGAAUUCAUCAGUCGUGUUGGUGACAAACUGUAAGAUCUAUAACAACGCAAGCUGCGAUAUCUCUGCAGACAGGCAACUGUUGGCCGUGUUAAAUCCCAGCAUUCAAAGGGGUUUUCAUGAUGAGAGCAUCUUGGCCUUCUAUCUCGCUCCACACAACCUCGGAGAGAAGCUCUACACCAAACGAUUCGGUCCCAAUGCUAACUGUCAGUUCGUGAUGGUGGGUCUGGCAUCUCGCUGGAUCUUACUUCAUCAGAUCACUCAACACAUGGUUGCAUAGGCCUUCAGACUUCAGCAGCCCCACAGAGGACCACGGAGAAGGGGGAAUGAGGUGUCUGGUGUGUUUCAGAGGGUGUUUGAUGUGGUCUUUCCAAGGAACCCAGACCAGAGGAGACACUUCAGUAAAAAUUCUGUGCUGCCAGAGCCAGGGCUUGGACUUGCUUACGGAACCAGCAAAGGAGAUCUGGUCAUUUGCAGACCUUGCAUUGAUGUACAUGUAAAUGGCGACAGCUCUUCUCAACCCUCAGAGACCAAGUUCACUAGCAGGAGGAGAAAUCAUCCAACCCUCGGCCCUCCUAUUGCCAGCCCAGAUCAAGACUCAUGA